AUGAACGGGAAUACACAAUUAUAAAACCAUAUAAAAAAUCAGUUAUCCAGAAUGCAUGUUAUAGACGAUUUUGAUUUGAAGCAAUUUAUCGGCAAGUAAAAAUUUGGAAAAAAACGUUUUCUAUGCAAAUCACUUAGCACACAACUAUAAAACUGGACUGAUAGUGAGAGAUGAAAUGAUCAAAAACCAGACUCGGACGUCUGGUUUCCACCUAGUCCAGUCUACAAUCGAAACGCAUGUACGUUGCUGCAUCGUUACUGUUAGUUUAUGUGUUCAGUGGUGUGAUAUAAUCAUGGUAUUAGUAAUAUCAAGUGUCGUGCAUUUGAAUAUUUAUGACGAUUGUAUCUAUAGGAUUGUUGCUUCCAUUAAGUUGGGUCUGUAGAUUAGCAAAAGAGAUGGAAAAGGCGGCGACUAUAGGGAACACAAGACAGCUUUAUGGACUAAUAAAAGAAAUUGGAACUAAUAAGUCAAGUGUAAGUGAGAUUAUAUCGGAAAAAGACGACACCCUCAUCUGCUGUCAGGUCAGACGUUUAGAACGAUGGGCGGAACAUUUCAGAGAACAGUUCAACUGGCCUUCAGCUACUCUACAACUACCCUCCAUUCCCAGACAGUGUGAAUGGAACAUUGAAGUAGGUCCCCCAACUCUUGCUGAAGUUCAAAAGGCUAUAGUUAAUCUGAAACGAGGAAGGGCAGCUGGUCCAGAUGGAUUGGCUCCAGAGGUCUUUAAGGAUGGUGGUCCAAUUUUAGCGAUUAGGUUGACUAAUAUUUUAGCUAAAAUCUGGGAGUUAGACGUUAUUCCAUCUGACUGGUCGCAAUCACUUAUCGUCCCAAUAUAUAAGAAAGGGUCAAAAUCAUCUUGUGACAACCACAGAUGAAUUAGUUUAACUAAUAUAGUAUCUAAAAUACUAGCCUCGAUAAUUAUCAGACGCCUAACUAAGACUCGUGAACUGCAAACACGAGAGAACCAAGCUGGCUUCAGACCUGGUCGUGGCUGCAUCGACCACAUAUUCACCAUUCGUCAGAUUCUAGAACACAGGCAUACUUAUCGACGUCCGACAAUGGUGGUCUUUCUUGACUUAAAUGCAGCAUUUGACUCGGUAGACCGCGAGAUUCUGUGGCAGUGUCUGUCAUUGAAAGGCGUACCACAGAAGUACAUAAACCUUGUGAAAGCUCUUUACUCGAACACUACUAGUCGAGUCAGAGCUUAUGGCGAACUGUCAUCUACUUUUGCAACCUCAAGUGGUGUCCGUCAAGGCUGUCCACUUUCCCCAUUUUUGUUUAACUUCAUCAUAGAUCUACUGAUGGAAAUAACUUUCUCAUCGACUGAGUUCUCGGGUAUUGAUCUCCUUCCAGGAGGUCCACUUAUCGACUUAGAAUACGCAAAUGAUAUAGUCUUGUUUGGUGAAGACGCUGAUAAAAUGCAAAGUCUUUUGGCAGCACUAAGCAACAAUGCCAGAAUGCUGGAAUGCGCUUCUCUCCCUCUAAAUGCAAGUUGUUGCUUCAGGACUGGUCUGCGUCAACACCUGAACUAAGGAUAGGGAGUGAAGUAGUCGAACGCGUCGACAACUUCACUUAUCUUGAAAGUCUGAUCAGCCCUAAUGGGUUGGUAUCGGACGAAAUCUGAGCACGGAUUCGAAAAGCUGGUUUGGCUUUUGCCAAAUUACGUCACCUUUGUCGAAGGCGAGAUAUCCGUCUAUCAAUUAAAGGACGAGUAUACUGCACGGCAGUCCGUUCUGUUUUACUUUACGGAAGCGAAACAUAGCCAUUAAGAGUAGAAGACACCCGUAAGCUACUAGUAUUUGACCACAGAUGCCUUAGAAUUAUUGCUGGCGUCUGUUGGGAUCACCGGGUAAAUAAUAGUGAGGUUAGACGCAGGGUAUUAGGUAAUGAUGGUAAAUCAGUUGAUGAGGUUGUGAAUCUUCAUCGACUGAGAUAAUUGGGCCACCUGUUACGUAUGCCUGAACACCGAUUACCACGAUGUGCAAUGCUAACCGGUGCUGGAGAUGGUUGGAAGAAAGUUAGGGGCGGCCAAACCAAAACGUGGCAUCAGUGCUUGAAGUCACUAACUUCUAGUCUGAGCCAUGUUGGUAGAUGCAGACUACUUGGUUGGGGUCCGCGUGACUUUCGUAACCAAUGGUUGGAGACUCUUGGUGACAUGGCUCAGAAUCGAUCACAAUGGCUUCGGUGCAUACACUCCCUGUCUUCCCUUAAACUAAGAGAAUAAAAUCACUUUAUAUCUUUCUUUCUACGAACUAAUUCUUUCUUCCUGUACUAUAUCCUUAUUGCAAUCUUUCUCCUAUAUAUUACCACCUUUGACCUAACCACUCCUAUGAAUCCGGUGUUCAUCUUGCUGUGCUAAUGAGGUAUGGCAACCUGGACCGAUGCAUAUAUGUGCCUGGUCCCACGUUGUACCUGACUGACUGACUGACUACUGAUUAUUAAAAAUACACAGGUUUUGUUGUAAACAGUCUGUGCAAUGUUUGACUUCCUUGAAAACGAUCGUAUCUCGACAUAGACAUCUACAAAUUACUGUUUAAGAUGUCUUGUGUGCUAUGAUUUUUACUUUAGUGGUUGAAGGACAAUCAUUCAUAUUCACUACGUUCCUUCAUCACUUGUUAUCCACUACGAUGUGUAAUGAUUGUUUCUUAUGCGAAGUACCAAACUUUUAAGCGUGAAUCAAUUGAAUCAAAGCGGUUUGCCACUAUACUACACUUUGCAUUGAUUCAAUUUUUACAGCACCUCAGUCUACAGUGGAUGUAUAUGUCCGCCUAUUUAUCUUAAUGUAAUUUUUUUAUCUACGUAUCUUGUUUUUAGUUGUUCGGAUUAGUUCACCUUGUUACCUACCCCAUAUUUGUAUAUAUAUUGUGCAAUUUUUUACUCAAAUUGAAUGUCGAUCAUGGAUUGUAUGAAUUCGGGAGAUUCUUCAUCUCCAGUAGUGCAAAAGUCUGCAAAUGACUUGAGAGAAUAUAAAGUGGUGCGUUUAUGCAAUAGGAUGAAAGUGCUUCUCAUAAGUGAUCCGGAAACAGAUAAGUCUGCAGUGUGUUUAUCUGUGAACAUUGGUAUGUUGAUGGUAAUUGUUUCAGUGUUAUAAUUCUAGGUUCACUGUCGGAUCCGAAAGAACUGCCUGGUCUCGCACACUUUUGUGAGCAUAUGUUGUUUCUUGGUACGAAAUCAUUUCCAACAGAAAAUACCUAUUUGAAGUACAUAACCGAUCAUGGUGGUCACUGUAAUGCUUUUACGAGUCCAGAUAGAACUUCUUAUGUGUUUGAUGUUGCACCUGAAAGUUUGAAGGGUGCGUUGGAUAUUUUCUCACAGUUUUUCAUCUGCCCUCUUUUCACCGAUUCUGCAACAGAACGUGAGGUGAGUGCUGUACAGUCGGAACAUGAGAAGGACAUUAGUAAUGAUACUAGACGUCUUUUUCAGCUAGAGCGAAGCUUGUCAAAAAGUGGUCAUGAUUAUACGAAAUUCCUCUCCGGUAAUCGAUACUCUUUAUUUGAGUCCAGUUGUGCACAAUCGGUGAAUACACGCGAAAAGUUGUUGCAAUUCUAUUCAACAUGGUAUUCGUCAAAUGUGAUGGGACUAGUUAUUCUUGGAAGAGGUACAUAACAUGUAGUAUUGUUGAACUGAGAUUGAUUGUUGAGGUUGCUGACUUUUGAGAUGUAAAUUUCUUUUAAAAAUUUAUAUGUAACUAAACUAUUUUAUGCUGAUCACCUUUCUCAUCAGAAAUCGAACCCAGUCAUUUUAUUUUAAUUGUGAUCUGUCAAUUACAGGCGACUAAAUGUGUUGGUGAUGGUGACUUCAGUGUAUUGGAAUCGAUUAUGUACAAUUAUGAGUUGGUGAUAAGAUUGAAUAUUUUCAAGUUGUUUGUACAGAUGAGGAUAGUUAGUAUGUCAAUGUUUGUAGGGUUGAGAGCAUUUGGAGAGCAGGUUCUUCAGUUGAUAAAACCAUUCAUACGUUUCAUCACAGUACUAAGCGUGAUUGGCUUCCACUAGACGACUCUGGAACUGUUAUCAUACUAGUUGUUUUUGACAUGUUGCCUCCUGAUUGAUCAUUAAGUCAGGAUGUCAGACUAAUAUUUAUUCUGUGUUAUUCUGUUCAUGUAUUAGUUAGGGCAUCUAUUUUACGUGUUAGUGUUUGACGCAGUGGCCAUGGAAAUCAAGGUAUUACCAAGUAAACUCAUAAGCUACUCAAUAAUCAGAUUGCUUUUAACAGCUGUUAUGUCUGGAUUAUUUUGUUUUUGGUUACUAACGAUGAUUCAUGGAGAGUACUAGAUAGGUGAGGUAGAGAACAUGUAUAGAACAAAGCUGGUUAACAAAUUGGCUGAGAAAGUGGUACAAUGCUCCAUUUUGUGACUCAUAUCUAACUUCUGAAUCAGAUAUUUCCGACUUGUGUAUGUUACAAGCAUAGAGACUACAAAAUCGUUUAGUUUAUAUUUCGUCGUUUAGUUGGAAUUGGUUUUAAAUAUUAAGUGUGAUCAGUAUUUACGUUUUCUUCGUGUUUGUGAUUGUUUUUUAUAAAAUGUUUUCAGAAUCCAUAAAUGACCUAGAGAAACUUGCAGAAGAUAAGUUUUCGGAAGUUAUUGAUCGUAAUGUUGUGCAACAAUCAUGGAACGAUACUCCAUGGCCUGAUAUAUGUCUCAAGGUAACACUUUCAUUUGACUUUUAUUAUAUUUAAUAUGUUUUGUGAGUAGAACUAUGCAUAUAUGAUCUUGAUUGUUGCGUAUGUGUUUAGUCUAGCAGAUAAAUAGUUGAUUCCAAAAGUGUUUAAGUUCAUAUUCUUGAUUGUCACUAAUUAUGCUGUUUGAAUGCUGCGUUUUUUAAAGUUAGAGUAGGUUACUGUAAAUUAGGUGUUGGAUCAUUAAAAAAUCAUGAAACUUUAAUUAUGUGAAACAAGUUGUGUGGUAAUUUAGAGAAUGAUAAGAAACAGUUUUGUGAAGAUAGUUUUUGAGUGAGCAAUGUGACUGUUGAUUGCCUAUAGUAUGAUGAACACGUAGAAUGUGAAGUUGGAUACAUUGAAAUAGGUGUAGAAGAGAAUAAUGGCUUAGUAAUAAUGUUGCGUCGAGUGGAAGGAUAUGAUAAAUAGUAACCUGAUCAUUGUGUGUUAUUAAAGGUAUACUGAAAAUGAAUUUAAUGGUUCCUUUGCAAUACUGUUGUUUUACCUGAGAUUCAAACGUAUGAAAAUAACAGUUGAUAUUUAUUGAACAUUAUAGUUUCCAAGUUGGUAUAUGGAAUGACGAUGAUGUGAAUUUUGUUUUUAUCGAUAUGAGCAUAUUGAGUGAUAUUAGUCUUUUGGGUGUUAAUUACUUUCUAGUCUGUAGAAUGUUUCGUGUGAAGUUAGCUUUUCUCUGAUGUCAAAUUUGUAUCAGAGGCUUCAUGGCUGUGAGAAGCAUCAGUACAGUGCAAUACUACUAGGCAUUGCCAGAGAUCAGUGAGAAUAAUAUGACUGAGUAAUGCCAAUCACAUUUCAGUUAGCGUUCUAUUCAGAAAUAAAGUCAUACAUUUUGAAUUUUAAAAAAUUAGAAUGUGUAUGUGCUAGAAUGUGGAUUGCUUAAUUAUCGACCUGUAGAAUCGGAGUUGUGUUGUCACUGUGAUUGUAAACUGCGAAUGAAACCAAUGAUUUAUUUUCCUUGAACUAUGUAAUGUUUAUCAAAAUGUUAAUAAAUUGUAAUUUGGUAAAUUAGAGAAUUAAGGUAGAAUAAAUGUACAUUUUGAUUUUAUCACAGAAAAUGGUAUAUGUCGUCCCACUGAAUGACGUCCAUCAAAUGAAUAUAAUGUGGCCUAUUCCUGACUAUAUUCCAGACUAUACAGCUCAAAGAAAAUCAAUGAAAUUAUAGCAAAUAUAUAUCAAUACAUCAACAUGCUUCACUCUGAUGAACCAAAAAAGUGGGUGUUGGAUGAAAUACAGGUAGGAUUUGGAUUUUUCUUCAACCAUUUCGAACUUCGACUAGACAGUGUUAUAUUAUUAAGAUGUCUAUGUUGUAGUAUUGCUUGUCCGAUGAAAAUUAACAGUUGUGUUGUAUUUGUGGAUUAUGUACAACAACACAGACAUAUAUGCGCAUCGGUUUAAGUUUACUCAACUGAUAAGUAAAUGAAACCACUUUUAGCUCUUACUCUUCUCUGCCUUGAUGACUUUAGACUAAAAACAACGGUUUUUGAAGAUGAAGCUUUUUAAUGUUGAGCCAUCCAUAAUCCAUCAAAAGACAUAUUAAGUUUAUCGAUUAUAUAUAUCGAAACAAACUAAUCAGAAUAUUGAAACUUAGUAUUUGAUAUUAGCACAAAUCAUCGAGAAAAUGUAUUGAAAUUCCCUGAACAAAGUUCUCACUUAAUAAUAAACUACAACAGUAUUUCAACCCAAUCAAUAUUGAUUUGCUUCUCAUAAGUUGUAAUUUCAGACUGCAGAUCUCUUGAACAACAUCAAUAUAAUGAUGAAUUAAUAGGAAAUUUGAAGUAAAGAAACAAUUUAGUGGUGAAUCUAAUGUAAUUAUUGGGGCAAAAAUAAAACUAUGCAACUACAGCUUAUAAAGACCAAAUGAGUAUUUCUUUUUUGCAUUUAGAGAAUAUACAAAUCGGUUUUUAACUAUGUUUAAAUGUAAGUUAACGUAUCCAGUGGAUUCUUUUUAUAUAAACUGUUUACUUGUAGACUUUAUGGAAACUAGGCUUUCGAUUUCAAAACAAAGAGACACCUUAUGAAUACGUGAUAAGAUUAUCCCGCAAUUUGUUGGUGAGUACUAUCAAAAACAAAUACUUUAUAUUUUUAAAGCCUUUGAUUACCCUUAAAAACAGUAUAACACAUUCAAUAACCUAUUUUCUAAUCCUUUAGAUAAAUCGACUUUCAACAUUACCAUACUGGCUUUUAAGAUUAGUUAAUAGAAAAAUAAUGUGACUAGCAUAUAAAUAGUUGUUUCCCACUUUUCUACUUUUUUUUCUAGAUUUAUAAGAUGCAAGAUAACCUAACUAAUCAUUUUAUGGCAACUGUCCAUGAUCCUAAUUUAAUUAAGAAACUAUUAACUUGUCUUACUCCUGAUAAUAGUCGGUACGUUUUACUGGUUAUUUUGUAAGGUUUCAAUUCGCAGCGUCAUAUUAAUUUAUAAUGUUUACAGAUUUGAAAAUGUAGUUUUGAAUUUUUUGUUACCUAAUGGAAGUGUAGCUUCCUCUCUGUAAUGUAGUACUUUUGUUCCUUAACUAACAUCAAUUGGUUUCGUUAAAUUCAGUUAUUAACAGUAGUAAUAAUUUAGUACCUUAUGUUUUAUUACAGUGAAUUAUUCUCAGCACAAAUUUUCAAUAGUGUAACAAAUUCGUCUUUAAUAUUCAUUUAACGUUUUAAUACUUAAAGUUUUUAUGCAAAAAGUUUUCAGUAUGGAGAUUGUGAAAAUUGGUGACGCUCUAUCUAGGAUCGAUUGGAGUUGGAUGCGUACGCCAUUUAAUUUAGGUCUGGUGGUCUAGAGAUAUUUUACAUUCGUGAGCGUGACCUGUCUUUAGUCUAAUCAUCGGUUGGUAGGUUAUAGGUGCACUCUGUUCAGGAGUCUUAUUCGAGGAUGAAACAAUCGUCCAGUGAUUUUAGUUUUUCAGCAUUUAUCUAACUUAGAUCAGCUCAUGAUUCCAACAAACGUUUUACAACCACGUUAAUCGCCGUUUAUAUGUAUUAAUCAAUAUGACAUUUCUCGUCGUCUAAUAAAAUUUUUCAUAUAUGGUCGUCAUUCUCAAUCGCUUUUCGUUCCUCCAAAAAUUUACGAGAUGACGAGUAAACUUGAAUUUUACACUAAUCAUCUUUGUGAUAGACUGUAACCUGUAUAUAAUAUACUGUUUGGUUACGUAAUUUGUCAGUUAGAAUAAAUUGAAAAUCGUAAACACUUAUUGUGGUACUUGUAAAUUUAAUAUGUAUUUAGCCCCAAAGUUUGUCAGAGGUGCUCUAUGCUCGCUGAACAUUACUCGUGCCGAUGAAAAAUAUCGAUUGUUACAAGUGCAAAAAUACUUACUUGCUUACUUACUCUUAUCCAUCGUGGAGGAGCAUAGAUCGCCCACCAGGAUUCUCCAACCAACUCUGUCUUCAGCUCACUUUUCCAGUUGUUUCCAAUUGCCAUUCAUUCUUUUGAUGUCUACUUCCAAUUCCCGACUCAUUAUAUUCUUCAGUCUUCCUCUCUUCCGUUUCCCUUCAGGAUUUCAAGUUAGUGCUUGCCUCAUGAUGCAGUUUGAUGAUUUCUGCAAUGUAUGUCUUACCCACCUCUAACGUCUCUUACUGAUUUCCUCUUCAACUAGAAGCUGACUUGUUCUCUGUCGCAGCGUGUUGUUACUGAUAGUAUCCGACCAACGAACAUGGAGUAUCUCCCGAAUCUAAACUUUUCUGUCCGGCUUGAGUUCAGUAUCUGUUACUCAUUUUAAAGCCACCAAGUUGUGUCUGUUUAAUUCUGUAUCUCUUUUGCUGGUCCUCCCAGUUUCUCACAUUGUUCAGACAUUCCAUGUACCUAUACGGUUUGUUGCUUUGGUUGUUCGAAGCGUCAUUGGUCUCGUAAUUUUCGAAGAAUCUCGGGUUACUCCCUGGGGCAUCAUAAUUCUUCUGAGUGAAGAUUCUUGAAAUCGGGGCGGGGCACAUUUUGAAUGGUUUUUAUUAUCUUUUUCUGGUUACGGCUUUUUACCAAGUCUGUCUUCUACGGAAUGUGGUUGGCGACCUUAUUUCCAGCUUUCCUCCUUUACCCGGAUUUGAAACUGGCAGUAACUGUAGAAGGGCUGCAAGCGGAUUCUUGUUCUACGCCGAUAACCUCAAAAUUGUUUGCUAUUGUUCGCAUAAUGUAGAUACUUCUGUAAAAAAUAUUUAAUAAGACAUUGGUCAAAUGUAGAUCUGGUUCAGGUUUCAGAAAAAAGAUCUGAGAGUUAAUUUCUUAUUUAGUUUUAUACAAUUAUUGUCACUUUAAAUAUUCAAUGAUCACCUAUUCUUGAUUCAGUACGAGAUUCAGGUGUAAAAUAGUCCUCAGCAUUUUGUCUAUCUGAAUAUGUCAAAUUUAUCAAUUAUAAAGAGUAAAGACUCAUGGGGUUUGGUAUUAAGAACUUGGUAGCUUGAAUAUACGUGUAGAAAGCUUCAUACUUAAAAUGUUUGUUUGAGGUUUGUCUUUUAGAAAAUAGAUCAUAGGAGUAGAAUGGAAAUAUUUUAUGCAUAAAAGUGAUAUUGUUCUGCUGACAACAUAAAGUAUAUUUUCUCACUACUUUAAUAUUGUGUUAACGUUGUUUUACAGCAUCUUUUUACUUAGUAAAACGUUUGCCGACAAAUGUGUGGAGGAAGAACCCUGGUAUCACACUAAAUACCUUGCUAUUAAUAUUCCUGAAAAUACCUUGUCAGUAAGUCAUUGUUCUUAGCAAAUAUUAUAAUCGAAAAUCUUAUUCUAAUUAAAUAUCGUUGUUUAAAUUGUAUUUGAUAAUGCGAAGCUGUUAGAUCUUAUUUAAGACUGAUCAGCAUGUAUACGGGCAUCUGAAUUUUAUGAAGGUUUUUCGGUUAAAACUGGAACUGUGUUUGAUUGCUUGAAAUUCUGUAGUUAUUCGAAUUGUGAGUAACAAUAUCCAUCGGUUGUUCAGCAAAAAGUAGUUAUAGAACCUUGGUCACGCGGUCGCGUGCCUUCACAUGCGAUGCUGGUUAGCAUAUGAGUGCAAUAAAAGAAGUUUGGAUACGAUCAAACUAACAUAUGGUAUCAUUUUAUAAAGCCAUGAACUCCUUAUGUGAGGCGUUAUAUAUGUUAGCCUUUUCAUCGUAUCUUAUAUUCGUAGACACUAGAAUAAGUGUAUCAAAAUGGCUUACAGUGGCACAGUUACGUCCAUUUUUAUCUUCUUGCCGAGGUGGUAGGCCCUGUCCUUUACACGUUUUUUUUAUCGUUUAGACAGUCCACAAGUGGAAUGGUCAACUCCAACUUGCCUUUGUUCUUGGUCCUAGCUUCGUAUGGCCUAUCCGGGUGCAUGUGGAUUCCAGGUGGCAAUCGACGUCUAUUAGCACGAAAUGCUUCCAGAACUGCAGCCGCCAUGUGGGAAGAUGGGAAGGUUAUCUUCAUUAGACGGGGUCUGGGGUCACCGUCCUUCUUGGCUAGUCUCGUCACAUGCUGAGUCAGUAUGUGUUUGAGCCUCAAGGACUGUUUGAUGAAUUUCCAUUCCCUGAUGUCAGAAUGUGAUUGAGUAGGGUCUGCAUUUUCCGGUAUACCUUGAACAAUUAUGUUUCUACCGCGGAAAAACUUCUCGCGAGAUUCUUUAGGGAUGUUUCGUAUGAUAUUGCGCUCAGAGUACGGUAUGUCGGGCAAUAUUCUUACGUUACCAUCUGAUUUCAGCAAGUGACUUGCUAGCAUGACGUCCUCUACGUCGGUAGCAUUCUUAAAUGUUACUCGGAGAAGCCUCGGGUGAUUUAGAUGCUUAGAAUCCUUUCCUCGAGUAAGCCGGGUGACCGUUAAAGGCUCUAUUCUAGGAAGUUCAAGCUUCUUGUUCAAUUCACCCCAGAGCAUCCUGUCGUUUUUGUCCUGCAGACUGAGAGGAAGGUCAGGAUUGUCAACGAGGUUCAUGAUAAUGAGAGAAUCGUCACGAACUGUUGUUAAUUUACCAGGUUUCACGAUGGGUUCAGGUUUAAUAACUUGUUGUUUGGAGGUCAGUGUGCGUUUUUGAAUCUUGGGCUCUUUAUUGACCGGACGGACAGUCUUGGGGGUAGACUGUGCGACCAAAUCACCAGUUAUUUUCCGUGCAGCAACACUUGGGUUGCUCGGCUUAGGCGGUGAUGCCUGGUUCUUAUGGGCUCUCUUAACGUGGGUCGAAUCACCUACAGGGUUUUUGGGAACCACUGUUGUGUCCAGGGACCCUGAGCUGGGAGACCCGAGUUUGCUUAGGGAGUCUAGUACUGUCGACGUAAUGAUGGUGCUGAGCCUCAACACGUCGUCAUUAGUGUUGAUGGAUGCUCCAUCGUUGGUAUGCCUGUCGACAUCCCUAUUUUUGAGUCCGUCACACGCUCUUGUUUGUCGACCGGAUUUUUUACUAGUGUUAUCCAAGUUAACUGACAACUUGUUCCGAAGACCUGUCAGUAGGACAAUGAUGUUACUCAGCAAGACAACUGCGUCCGUGCUGCACGUGACACAUACCCACUUUUGGUCUGACUUGCUGAGUUUGUUGUAAGAAGUUGCUGUCAGAUCUGUGCAUGCUUCGUGGAACCAACCUUUGCAGUUGUCGCACUGCAUGCCAGUUGUGACAGCAAAACGGCAUCCCGGACGUUUGCAUGAGUUUUUCAUGACGGUGUUGAAGCAAACUAUGUUAUAGAUGCUUGCAAGAGCCUAAGCCUUUUAAAAAAACACUAAAAAGCACACUGAAAACGGACAAAAAUGGACAAAACGAGUGAUGUAAACUGAAACUAGUCUAUACGUGAAAAACAAAAAAAACCGAAUAGUAAGCUGAGGCAAAACCACAGGUAACUAUUUAAUAUAGUGAGACUCAAAAAAAAGUAAUCUAUCGAACGUAUAGCUCAGGAUAGAUUCUUUAGAACUGAAAUGGUACUUUUGUUGCGUAAGAACACAGCAAAAGUUUGAUAAAUGCAAAUCACGUUAGGACUAAACUUCCCGUUCGAAGAAACAUAUAGUUGACCCUAUCAAAAGCUUUAAAUAGGUCAUGGUAAAUGAUGUCAACCUUCCCCUUGCUAUCAAGGAUGGUUGUUCACCUACCCACCGCAGUCAGCAGGUUGGAUAUGGAAGAGUGACAUGUGAAAUGUUUUGUUCGGGUGAAAAAUGUUUAUCGAUAAUGAGUGGUCGUCUAUACCGUCGCAUAUCAGGGACUCCAUAAUUUUUUGGUAAUGUGUCUCGGCUUAGCGAGUGUGAGAAUAGAUGGGAAGUUCUAGAAUCCACGUCCUUCUUGGCUGGUCUCACCACUUGUUGAUCUAACAUAUUUUUGAGCUUCACGGACUGCUUGAUGAAUGCCCAUUUUCGAACAUUAGAGUCUGUGUGGUCCGGAUCCGUAUUUGCUGGUACACAUUACAGAACGAUAUUUCUUACGCUGAUAAACUUCUCGCGCGAUUCAUUAUGGAUGUUGUGGAUGGGAUUACGCUCAGAAUACGAUAUCAUGCAGCAUUCUUACAUUCCCAUCUGAUUUCAGUAAAUGACCAGCCAACAUUAUAUCCUCUACGACUUGGCUGAUUUGAAGCUUGGAGUGCUUUUUCCGAGUAAGCCAUGUUACCGUCAAAGGCUCUAUUUUGAGAAGGUUGGGCUUCUCCCAGAGCAUCUUAUCGUGUUUGUUCUGAAAGCUGAGAUGAAUGUCAGGGUUGUCUUUAACGUUCAUGAUUAUUAGAUAAUCACCACAAAUCGUUAUUGUUUUCCCAGGUUUUCGGUUACAUUCAGGUUGAGUACCAUGUUGUUUGGUGGUUGAAGAACGUUUCAGAUUCCUGUGAUCUUUGAUGACCGUUUGGAAAGUCUUGAGAACAGACUGUACGAUCAUAUAACCAGUUGAUUUCAUUACAAUAUCUGGAUGUUCAGCUUCUUAAACGGUGACACCCGGUCCUUUUUAACUUUGUUGACGAGGGUACGAUCGCAUACAGGGAUCCUGUGCUGGACGACCCAAAUUUGCCGGAGGAGUCUAGUACCGUCGAUGUUAUGAUGGUGCUGAGCUUCAGCAUGUCCUCACUAGUGUCAUUGCAAGCCCCGUUGAUACUAGCGUUGUCGAGAAUCCUAGUCAACUAUUUACUCAGUUUAAAACUCAAAAACGAAAGUAAUCUAUCAAACAUAAAACACAGGAUAGAUUCUUUGGAUCAAAAAUGGCACUUUUGUUGCGUAAGGAAGCAGCAAAAGUUUGAGAAAUGCAAAUCACAUUAAGAUCAAACUCCCGGUUUGUAAAGUGCACGUUGUCAAGCUCUGAAUAACUAUGGGAUUCUUGACUUUUAUAUGCUCAGAUCCUUAUUGUGAGAAAAAAGAGGUCCGUAACUUUAUAAAAAUGAAGAUUCGCUAUACAGAAGAUUCUUCUAUUUGUUUCCACAAGCAUUUAAAUCAUUAGAAAUGCGGUAAAAGGAUCUUGGUUUCCAUUUUCAAAGAAAGCAGAGUUACUGGAAGAUUAUUGUCCCUUAAAUGAACAAAGACACCCCAAGAAUCUGUUUUUGCACUGUCGAAAUAUUAAUACGAGUGUGAAAUAAUCGGCUACAUAACACUGUUCUGUCAUGACGAUAUUGAUGAUUGGAUGUCAACGCAGUUGUCUUGCUGAGUAACAUCAUUGUCCUACUGACAGGUCUUCGGAACAAGUUGUCAGUUAACUUGGAUAACACUAGUAAAAAAUCCGGUCGACAAACAAGAGCGUGUGACGGACUCAAAAAUAGGGAUGUCGACAGGCAUACCAACGAUGGAGCAUCCAUCAACACUAAUGACGACGUGUUGAGGCUCAGCACCAUCAUUACGUCGACAGUACUAGACUCCCUAAGCAAACUCGGGUCUCCCAGCUCAGGGUCCCUGGACACAACAGUGGUUCCCAAAAACCCUGUAGGUGAUUCGACCCACGUUAAGAGAGCCCAUAAGAACCAGGCAUCACCGCCUAAGCCGAGCAACCCAAGUGUUGCUGCACGGAAAAUAACUGGUGAUUUGGUCGCACAGUCUACCCCCAAGACUGUCCGUCCGGUCAAUAAAGAGCCCAAGAUUCAAAAACGCACACUGACCUCCAAACAACAAGUUAUUAAACCUGAACCCAUCGUGAAACCUGGUAAAUUAACAACAGUUCGUGACGAUUCUCUCAUUAUCAUGAACCUCGUUGACAAUCCUGACCUUCCUCUCAGUCUGCAGGACAAAAACGACAGGAUGCUCUGGGGUGAAUUGAACAAGAAGCUUGAACUUCCUAGAAUAGAGCCUUUAACGGUCACCCGGCUUACUCGAGGAAAGGAUUCUAAGCAUCUAAAUCACCCGAGGCUUCUCCGAGUAACAUUUAAGAAUGCUACCGACGUAGAGGACGUCAUGCUAGCAAGUCACUUGCUGAAAUCAGAUGGUAACGUAAGAAUAUUGCCCGACAUACCGUACUCUGAGCGCAAUAUCAUACGAAACAUCCCUAAAGAAUCUCGCGAGAAGUUUUUCCGCGGUAGAAACAUAAUUGUUCAAGGUAUACCGGAAAAUGCAGACCCUACUCAAUCACAUUCUGACAUCAGGGAAUGGAAAUUCAUCAAACAGUCCUUGAGGCUCAAACACAUACUGACUCAGCAUGUGACGAGACUAGCCAAGAAGGACGGUGACCCCAGACCCCGUCUAAUGAAGAUAACCUUCCC